UGAGGGAAAGACUGGGAGUGAGUGGUAGGGCAGUGUGUGUGUGUGUGUGUAUGUGGCACCCGGUGCGUGUGAAUGUGUGGGAGAGAGAGAGACUCUAUAAGGGAAAGGAAAUUUCUUCUGCUGUGCAGCUUCUGUUCAGAAAGCUGAUGAAGACAAUUGUGCUUUAUAGUGACUGGUGGACAAUAACAACACAGGAUAUUAACACGUUGGAAAACAGAAUGUUAAUGCUUGAUGGGAUGCCUGCAGUCAGAGUCAAAACAGAGCUGCUGGAAUCAGAACAAGGGUCUCCAAACGCUCACAGUUAUCCCGAUAUGGAAGCUGUACCCCUGUUGCUGAACAGCAUGAAGGCAGAUCCAGAAGAAGACUCCUUGCCCACAGAUCAUUUCCAAACACAAACUGAGCCAGUGGACUUGUCAAUAAACAAAGCCCGAUCAUCCCCUAUUGCUGCUUCAUCUUCGCCAGUGUCCAUCACUGCAUCAGCAUCUUCUCCUUCUUCUACUUCAACGUCUUCUAGUCGGCCAGCCUCAUCACCAACAGUAAUAACGUCAGUAUCUUCAGCAGCGUCUGCACCAUCAGUAUUAACUCCAGGCCCACUUGUGGCAUCUGCGUCAGGUGUUGGAGGGCAGCAGUUUUUGCACAUAAUCCAUCCAGUACCACCUUCAAGCCCUAUGAACCUACAGACCAACAAAAUGAGUCAUGUACACCGCAUUCCGGUGGUGGUGCAGUCGGUACCUGUGGUCUACACUGCUGUGAGAUCACCAGGGAAUGUGAACAACACUAUAGUAGUACCGCUACUGGAGGAUGGGAGAAAUCAUGUCAAAGCACAAAUGGACCCACGUGGCCUGUCUCCCAGACAAAUUAAAAGUGACAGUGAGGAUGAUGACCUGCCAAAUGUGACCUUGGAUAGUGUUAAUGAAACUGGAUCCACGGCCCUCUCUAUAGCCAGAGCCGUUCAAGAAGAGAGCAUGUGGGGCUGUGCCAGGUCAGCAGUUAACACUUUUCGUUUUUUCAACUCCAGUUCAAUUUCACCAUUUAGUAUUGAGAGCACAAGACGCCAGAGAAGGUCAGAAUCCCCUGACUCUAGAAAGCGCCGUAUCCAUCGGUGUGAUUUUGAAGGAUGCAAUAAGGUGUACACAAAAAGUUCCCACCUGAAGGCUCACCGGAGGACACACACAGGAGAGAAACCGUACAAGUGUACCUGGGAAGGCUGCACCUGGAAGUUUGCUCGUUCAGAUGAACUGACGAGGCACUACCGCAAACACACAGGAGUGAAGCCGUUCAAGUGUGCGGACUGUGACCGGAGCUUUUCCCGUUCAGAUCACUUGGCGUUGCACCGUCGGAGGCACAUGCUUGUCUGAAAAAUGCUACCUUGUCAAAAUAAUAAUAAUAAUAAUAAUCAUGGAAGUACCAAGAGCUGGGUCUCUUUUAACUGCAGUGAAUUCAGCAGGGCUGAAUCCCGUUCUGACGGCGUUAGCACAAAAGGGGGCGUUCCGUGUUGUCCCAUUCACACAAAGAAGCAAGGAACGCAUUGCCACGUUCCUCCCUCCCGUCCAAAGUCAGCUUUUCAGCGUGGGCAAAGGCAGCACCCUCAGCGGGGAGAGAAUCACUGAAACGCGACAAGAUUGGGCAUUAUUUUCUAACCCGUCUCCUUUUCAAAGUAUUUAUGGCUUGUACCUUUUCUCAACCAUCACACUUUUUUCUCCUGAAGAAUUACUGGUAUUACAAAGACCGGAUGUCACAAACAUUUGAAAAGAAGAAGCCCUCUGGACCUCUGCUCCAUCUGCUGCUGCUGCUUCUUUCCUUUUUCUUUUUUUAACUAUCAAAACACUGCAAAAUAUCACCACGCCUGGUUGUUGAAUAAUCAACAAUCUACAAAGCCAGCGAUACAGACUGGGAAGAGGAAGGAUAAUAAUAAUAAAAAAUGAAGCUCUUUUAAGUGAACGGAUUCCUCAGCACACUUAUGCAAUAAAGACGGUGGUAUUUUUACAUUUUUACCCCUUCAUCAUUAUGCCGGACUUUAGA